AUGCCCUCGGACUUCAUCUCUCUGCUCAGCGCCGACCUCGACCUCGAGUCCCCCAAGUCGCUCUACUCCAAGGAAUCUGUCUAUGACCUUCUCCCAAAGGAGCUGCAGUUACCACCUUCCAGAGAAACAUCCAUAGCAUCCAUGAGCCAAACAAGCGGUGGUGAGGCCGGUUCGCCGCCUCCAGCUGUAGUUGCUGCUGAUGCUUCUUCAGCUCCCUCCUCUUCCUCCAUGGGCGGUGCUUGCAGCUCCUUUACCACCUCUUCCAGCCCUACCAUUUACUCUACCUCAGUCACCGACAGCAAGGCUAUGCAAGUGGAGAGCUGCUCCGCGGCCGUGGGGGUAAGUAGCCGAGGGGUAAGUGAGCAGCAGCUUCCCGGUACCGCAGCCCCGCCGCCGGCGGCCACGCCGAAGCGCCACACUGUCCUCUACAUCUCGCCACCUCCCGAGGACUUGCUGGACAACAGCCGGAUGUCCUGCCAGGAUGAGGGCUGUGGAUUGGAGUCAGAGCAGAGCUGCAGUAUGUGGAUGGAGGAUUCACCCUCCAACUUCAGUAACAUGAGUACCAGUUCCUACAAUGAUAACACUGAGGUGCCACGUAAAUCGCGCAAGCGCAACCCAAAGCAGAGGCCAGGGAUCAAACGCCGAGAUUGCGAAGAGUCCAACAUGGAUAUCUUUGAUGCCGACAGUGCCAAAGCGCCUCACUAUGUCCUUUCUCAGCUCAGCACGGACAGCAAAAGCAACUCAAAAGCAGGAAAUGGAGCAUCAGAGAACCAGAAGGGAGCUGGAGGGAAGAAGACCCCAAUGUUGUGUGGUCAGUACCCGACCAAGAGCGAGGGGAAGGAGCUGAAGAUCAUGGUGCAGCCGGAGACCCAGCACAGGGCUCGGUACCUGACCGAGGGCAGCCGGGGCUCCGUCAAGGACCGCACGCAGCAGGGCUUUCCCACCGUCAAGCUGGAAGGCCACAACGAGCCCGUGGUGCUGCAGGUGUUCGUGGGCAACGACUCGGGGCGCGUGAAGCCGCACGGGUUCUACCAGGCCUGCCGGGUGACGGGCAGGAACACCACGCCCUGCAAGGAGGUGGACAUCGAGGGCACCACUGUCAUCGAGGUGGGGCUGGACCCGAGCAACAACAUGACACUGGCGGUGGAUUGUGUGGGAAUCCUGAAGCUGAGGAAUGCUGAUGUGGAAGCCAGGAUAGGGAUUGCAGGCUCCAAGAAGAAAAGCACCCGCGCUCGGCUCGUCUUUCGCGUCAACAUCACGCGCAAGGACGGCUCCACCCUGACCCUGCAGACGCCUUCCUCCCCAAUUCUGUGCACUCAGCCAGCAGGAGUCCCAGAGAUCCUAAAGAAAAGUCUCCACAGCUGUUCAGUGAAGGGUGAAGAGGAAGUUUUUCUGAUUGGCAAGAACUUCCUAAAGGGAACAAAAGUGAUUUUCCAAGAGAAUGUUUCCGAUGAGAAUUCUUGGAAGGCAGAAGCUGAAAUUGACAUGGAAUUAUUUCAUCAGAAUCACCUUAUUGUGAAGGUGCCACCAUAUCAUGACCAGCAGAUCACCUCAGCUGUCUCAGUGGGAAUUUACGUGGUGACCAACGCUGGCAGAUCUCACGACGUGCAGCCCUUCACCUACACUCCAGAGCCAGCUGGGACUCUGAAUGUUAAUGUGAAGAAGGAAAUCUCCAGCCCAGCCCAACAUUGUUCUUUUGAAGAGGCUAUAAAAGCAGUGAAGGCCACGGGCUGUAACCUGGAGAAGGUGAACAUUCUUCCUAGUGCCUUGAUAACUCCACUCAUGCCAAGCAGUAUGAUCAAGAAUGAAGAUGUGGCUCCAAUGGAAGCUUCGAAUGUGGUUGGACCAACUCAGCCAACAUUGGAAAACAGCAUGUCUGGCAUAUCAACUUCUGCUUCCCAUUUACCUUCUGAAAGUGAAAACCAGCAGCAGAUCCAGCCCAAGGUGUACAACGCAGAGACCCUGAGCACGAUCCAAACGCAGGACAUUUCCCAGCCCGGCAGCUUCUCGGCAGUGUCCACGCCGGGCCCGCUGCAGAACAGCGAUGCCCUGCUGCAGCAGGCUGCCCAGUUCCAGGGCAGGGACUCGCAGCCCAGGGAGGUGCUGCAGUCGGAUGGCACGGUGGUGGCUCUGUCCCAGCUGGCCGAUGCCUCGCAGCAGCAGCAGCCGACGCUCUCGGAGCCGGCCCAGGCCCUGCAGCAGCAGAUCUCCUCGAGCAUCUUCUCGUCGGCCAGCGGCGUGAGUCAGCUCCAGAACACCAUCCAGCAGCUCCAGGCCGGGAACUUCCCCACCAACACCGCCACGGGCAGCAGCAGGAACGUCGACUUGGUGCAGCAGGUUCUGGAAGCUCAGCAGCAGUUAUCUUCCGUUCUGUUUUCGGGCUCAGACAGCAGCGAGGAUGUCCAGGAUCAGCUGAACGCAGAUAUCUUUCAGCAGGUCAGCCAGAUACAGAGCAGCGUGAACCCCGGGAUGUUUUCCUCCUCAGACACAGCUGUCCAUUCCAGAGCAGAGAACCUUUUGCCCGGCCGAGCUGAGAGCGUGCACUCCCAGCCCGAGGGUGCCCUGUCCAGCCAGCAGCAGCAGCAGCAGCAGCAGCAGCAGGCCAUGGAGACCUCGGCGGCCAUGGUGAUGGGCAUGCAGCAGAACAUGUGCCAGGCGGCCACGCAGAUGCAGCCGGAUCUGUUCUCCUCCAGCACGGCGGGGAACGGGGCCCUGCAGCAGUCCCCGGUGUACCAGCAGGCGUCCCACAUGAUGGGUGGCCUGUCCAGCAGCGAGGACAUGCAGAUGCAGUGCGAGCUGUUCUCCUCGUCCCCGGGCGUGUCCGGCGGCGAGGCGGCCGCCCCCGCGCAGCAGCCGGUGUCCAACAGUGGUGCUGCCAUGUUCCAGCCCAGCAGCUCUGCAGAGGGGGAGGAGGCCUCGGGCCAGAGCAAACAGAUGCAGAGCUCCGUGUUUCAGACCAUGGUUCAGAUGCAGCACGGUGGGGAAAGUCAGUCCCAGGUUAAUCUUUUCUCAUCUACCAAGACCAUGAUGAGUGUCCAGGCCAGCGGGACUCAGCAGCAGGGCGGGGCUCUGUUCCAGCAAGGUGGAGAAAUGAUGUCGAUUCAGUCGGGAAGCUUCAUCCAACAGUCUCCACACUCACAAGCUCAGCUUUUCCAUUCUCAGAACCCUAUUGGUGACACUCAGAAUAUAUCCCAGGAAACGCAAGGAUCCCUUUUUCAUAGCUCAAAUUCCAUUGUCCACAACCAGACCAACACUAAUUCCUCUGACCAACUGCAGCCCCCGAUGUUCCACUCACAGAAUGCCAUGGGUGUCUUGCAGAGCUCCUCGGUGCCUCAAGACCAGCAGUCUGCCAACAUGUUCCUUUCCCAGAGUUCCAUGAGCAACCCUGCCACUCAGGAAGAGCAGAUGUCAUUCUUUACAAGCCCAAAUCCCAUUUCUCCUCUUCAGACAGCAACAAACACUGAACAACAGACUUCUUUCCAGCAGCAGACACAGAUCUCUCAUAUCCAGAGCUCCAUGCUUCCCCAGGAGCAGCCCCAGACUCAGCCAGCUCAGCAGGGUUUGUUUCAGUCCCAAGUGUCGUUGGGCUCCAUCCAGUCCAGCUCCAUCCCUCAGAACCAACAAGGAGCCAUCUUCCAGCCUCAGCAUUCGAUUGUUGCUAUCCAGAGCAGCCCUCCAUCUCAGGAGCAGCAGCAGCAGCAGCAGCAGAACAUGAUGUUCAGCAAUCAAAAUGCAAUGAGUACAAUGGCCCCCCAAAAGCAGAACAUGAUUUUCAAUCCAAACCAAAACCCAGUCACCAAUCAGGAGCAGCAAGGCCAGUCCAUUUUUCAUCCACAGUCCAACAUGGCCUCGAUGAAUCAGGAACAGCAGCCCAUGCAAUUCCAGAAUCAGACCACAGUGUCUUCUCUCCAGAAUCCUGGCUCCAACCAGGCUGAAGCACAGCAGCCAACCAUCUUCCAUAACUCGCCCCAGAUUCAGCUGGUCCAAGGGUCCCCAAGUUCUCAAGAGCAACAAGUCACCCUGUUCAUCUCCUCAGCUUCCAUGUCUGCCCUGCAGAACAGCAUGAGCCAGCCGGAGCUGCAGCAGUCCCCCAUGUACUCCUCCCAGAACAGCAUGGCAGGAAUGCCAGGAACUGCUUCUCCUCCCCAGCAGCAGGCUCCUCUGUUCCACAACACGGCGGGAGGUGCCAUCAACCAGCUGCAGAAUUCCCCUGCCUCGUCCCAGCAGACCUCGGGAAUAUUCCUGUUCGGCAUCCAGAACAACUGUGGGCAGCUGCUGCCCCCCGGGCCGGCGGCGCUGCCGGAGGAGCUGAUGGCCAUGGGGCAGCCCGGGCAGGCGCAGGGCGAGGCGCAGCCCCCCGUGCCCACCCUCCUGUCCCAGCCGCUGCCCGAGACGCCCCCGCUGCCCCCCGCCAUGGCCACCAACCAGAACAUGGAGAAGAUCGACGAUCUGCUCGUGUCCUUGCAGAACCAGGGCAACAACAUGGCUGGCUCCUUUUAACGAGGCAAGCGAAAUUCCGUGGAGAAAAAAAAGCGACGAUUUCCCAGAUCCUCUCAGACCUUCCAACUCUGGAUUAGGCUGCGUGGAACCAAUUGCUUCUGUGGAAAAGUGGCCUCUUUAAGAGCACACGCGUGGCCAGUGGCAGACCUGAGGCCAUGACCAUGGAGUUUGGGCUCCACAGUGCCAAUAAUGCUGAGGAGUUAUGCUUUGUGUUACUGGGGCGUGGGGUUGGGCUGUUACCAGGUUCAUGAACCUCAUUACAGUGGGGGCUCUUGGAAUUUAAAGCAUAUCUGGUCAGUUAUUAUUGUUGUUGGAAGGUAAUCCAUGUUACCACGUUUACUUUUUCCCUGCUAUUCCUCUUUCCCAUCCCUUUUUUCCCUCGGGAGGCUCGUGCAGCAGGAACAGCAGCUGCCUGUGCCCCGAGCCGUGACUCAGCUGUCAGUCAGUGAAGGGAUCUCUCAUUGACACAGAGUGGGAGAGCCAGACCCACCCUGUAUGAAUUGAAAGUAUUGAUAACUGUAAUAACCAAGCAGAGAAUUGCUGCUGUAAAUAACCAGUUCCCAUCUGAGAAUGGGAUUAACGGUUUUCCACAUCUGUGGAAGCUGGAGUUACGUGGAGCUGUACAUAGAGCAAGGGUUUGGUGGCUCUACAAAAUGAAGAAAUGAAGGGGAACUUCCAGCUGAUCUUAAAAUCUUCUCUAAAACACCUUAAGCUUGAAAAGAACAUUCUGUGUGGCUGAGGGACUCCUCUGUGUCUCUCGUUCUGACUGAUGGGUUGGAGCUCUGUGAAGCCUCAUGAGCUGUUCCCAAACCUGCCUUCUCCCUUUUAUUCUUUCCAUGGUUUUCCUUCUCUCCCUCAGUUUUGUAUUUUGUUUUUUUAAAAAAAAGACAUAAAUAUCCUACUGGCUUUAAAGCUAAAGAAACAGCUUUUAGGCAUCCUUGGCAGUAAAUUGCUUAGUCAGUAGAAGCUUUGACAAAUAAUCAAGGAGUAAGGAGAGAGGAAGCAAUUUCUCCACCACCUUCUAAUUGCAGGAAUCCCCCUUAACCCGCCACUUCCAGCUGUGACUGAUGGAAAUCUUCAGCUUGGCUUUACUCCAAGUAGGGGGCAAAUUGCAUCAUUUUUAAGCCUUCUUAAAAGGUCACUUCAUCCCGAGCUGUUGCAUCUUUGUAGCACAUCGCAGUUCUGAAGUGAUUUUUCCUUUUUCUACCACCGAGCCCCGAGUCUGGUUUCUAGAUUGUCAUGUUUAAUUAAGGAAUAAAUCAUCGACUGAUGUUACCGAAUGUAAAAACAACCCACUCCAGACCAUGCAGGUGUAUUGUGAGGCUUGUGGAUUUUUUGGGUGCUUCAACUCUCCAGACAGUGUGUGAUCUCUCACUACAGCCUCGUUGAGAUCCGUGUUCCCCCGCUGCCGCCGGAGCCGAGCCGCUCCCGCGGCGCCCGUUCCGCCUCGGUAGAGUGUAGCCGGUAUCACGUCAUUCUUCAUUUUUGUUAUUUGAAAUAACAAAGGAACAGUCUGUAAAUGGGUUUUUUUUAAGUUCCUCGAGUCUGUUUACUGUGUGUUUUCCCCUUAACUGGUGUGCGUAGUUGAGCCGUGUAGAGUUUUUGUUGGUUUUCCUGGAUUUCCCCGUUUGUUGGUCUGUCACACGUUCACUUUCUCUUUCUGUCUCUCUCUUUCUCUCUCUCAUUGAGAGGCAUUGAAUUACGUUUUCAGUAGUAAGGCUUCUUGCCGAUAUGAAGGGAACUUUUCAGAAAGAGACCUGCUCUGGGUCAUUUAAUUUUGAAUACAGUUUUCAAUCGUUCAAGUUUUGGAUGGUUUAUAUCUAAUGUGUGUUUCAUUUUUUUGGAAAGCUAUAUUUUGUAUUUAGGAAAUGGUAUAACUAUUUUGCUAUUUGUACUGAGUGAGUACAUUGGCAUAAAUAUAAAAAUUUAUAUAUAUACAUAUAUAUAAAAUAUU